AAUACUUUUGUCAAAUUUCUGUUUUCAGUCUGUCAUUUAAUAAAUACCAAGCGUUUCGCGCGUAUAUUAUCCAUAAUCACAAAAAAUGACUUCUACAUAGGAAAACAAUGUUCUGUUUCGUUUGAAUGUUUUUACACCCUGAAAAAUGUGCACUUUCAUAGAAAUGGACGACAAAGAAAUCGUCAAGUUUUUAAGUGAUCCUCAAAGUGUUUCGGUGGGAUCUGUUACAGAAAAAUGCAUUAUAAAAACGCUAUUAGAUACUAUUUUGAAGAAGGAAGACUUUGUAAACCUUUUGAUUCGAUGGAAAGUUGAAUCUAUAGACACGUUAAAUCGUAUUAUGAAAGAAAUUUGUACAAAUGAAAUACCCAAUGACGUCUGCAAGGAUUUUUUUCUGGAAAAUGUCGUUUCGCCAAUGAUGUCUCUGGAACAUGAGACGCAAAUGAGGGAUAAUCUUAUCGAAGUGGCUUUUACUUUAUGCCCUUUGGUACCUGUUACAGAUUUAUCUCAAAAUGAGUAUCAAAUAUUCCUUAAGGAGGUUUACUCUAAAUACAUCCCAGCAAUAAGUCAAUUACGAGACUCAAACUACGCAAAGUGGCACAAAUUAUGGAUUUUCCUUGUAAAAUUUUGCGGCAAAAAAAUUCACGAAUCGAUGGAUCUAACAAAUAGACUGCUGAGAAUCGUUGAGUACGCUUUCAGGAACUCUUCAUAUGAACAAAGACUUAAGGGAUACGAUUGCUGGAAGGAAUUAAUCGACAACGCAAGCCUAGAUCCCAACCACAUUUGCACCCCGAAGCAAAUCAAACUCCUGAUCACCCCGUUGCGCGCCAAAUUCUCCAAACAAGAGGUGGUCAUCUGCAAACGGUUCGACGUGUUCGUACAUCUACUGGAAAAGCUCAAACAGAACGCCGUACUCUGCCUUCCGGAAUUCCUGGAAUUCUGUUUCGGACCCGUCGGCGAUUCGAAAGACAAUAAUUCGCGCUCCGGCCAGGCCAAAAGCGUUCCUCAAAUUUGGAGCAAGAGCGCCAAAGUGCUGAUCGGAAUCUUGGGACACAGUCAUGACCAAGGCGUCGAUUGCGUGUUCGAGGAAAUUUAUUUCGAUAAACCUCUCGUCAAUGGAAACAAUAUCAGGAAGUUUUAUAAACUACUUUUGAAUUCGUUGGCCGAAUGCAGUGCUCUUCUCAAAGAUGACAACAUGGAGAAUAAAAGGAAGAAGGUUAUUAAAUGUAUGUGGAAAUCCUUAUUUAAUCUGAUAAUGUGCGCACCGGAGUCUGAAAGAGAUCAAUAUUUUCUAUUAGUAGCUGAUAUUUUAGAUAGAUAUUUACAACAAUCUAAGGAACAUCCGUACUUUGAAGAGUUGCUUAGAUUAAUAUUUUUAAGUUUAAUGUCAUUAGAAAAUGAUGAUUUAGAUAAUAGGAUCCCAAUAAUGUUGAAACAAUUAACUACAAUUUUUAUAUCGAUAGAUACUGGACCUAAUGAUACUUUCAAACAAAUCGUUUCGCAAUCAUUUUCGAAGGUGCUCUUGGAAGAGAACAAAUUAAAAAUGAUGCAAACCAUAAUGGACUGUCUUUCAAUUGAAAAUAUCGGAGAUAAAAAUAUUGUGAAUUACGCUAAAACUUGGCUUCUAUUGGCCAACGAACUCACCACCGGUUGCGAUCCCGCGAAAUACGGCGAAUUUUCUAAAUUCGACGAAUUUUUCGCUUGGCCUUGUCACAAUUUGAACCGACUAGAAGACACCAGCAAAAAGCAAAUUGUUUUGCAUUGGAUGAAACUCUACAGGAAAGUAACUAUAGACAAUGAAUCUAAAAAACUGAUCAUCAUGAAAGAUUUAGAAAAAUCGUUCAAAAACAACCCGCUCUUAGCUCCGAACAUAACAUCCCUCUUAAACGUGAUUUCUCAAUUUGAAACCAAAUUUUCAUUAGAAUUCGUCACUAAACUAAUGGAAGUCGUCUCUUUAAUACUGGAACUUCCGAACUUACAAACCGAAGACGAAAACAAACUUUCAUCGCUAGUUAUGCAAUACUUCGAGCCUUCCUUGGCUUGCUACAAAUCUGAAGACGUAGACGAACUGGUCAAAGUCGUAUGCACUUGCAUAGAGCGCACGCUGUCGAUACAUUCCGGCUUCAAACUCAUCGAUCCUCUUGUAGCGUUCAUCAAACUGUGCCCUGAGAAGUUGAACGCUGUUUUCUCAAAGCAUUUGAAAGAUUUAGCUUUGGAGCUCUACCAGAAAGAAAUUGAUAAUAAUAACGUCAACAAAGCCAAAGAGUUGUUCAAAAUCGUGUCCGUCUUCACCGAUAGCGGUAAGAGUGUCGAGGAAGAGAAGAAAACGUUCGUUAUACCUUCCGGUAGGUCAGCACGCAUCGCAAAUAUGGGCAAGAACUCUCCAACCAGUCCGCUCAAGGCUACAAAACUUAAAUCUACCUUAAAACUAUUCGGAACGGACCCAGAAAAUAUGUCGCCGCUCAAAAUUAAAGGCAGCCAAUUGAACAACACUCCUACCACCAAAAAGAAGAAAGGCGCCAACGUCGUCGAGGUCAAAACCAGAUCCACCAAGUCCGUAAACGAAGAGAACUCUAUGGACUUCGUCUCGAUAGAUACGGAAGUCAAAUUGCGACCGGACAAGCUCAGCGAGCACCAAAAGGAGAUGCUGAAGAAACGACGCGAAGAUAUCCCAGCGCUUUACCAAGAUUUAUCUCAAAGUAUGAGCCAGGAUAUGUUCAGUUCCAAGUCCAAUUCCAAUUCUAAAGAACCCAUCGUGUUAAACAACGUUCCAACCAUUGCAUCCGACGCUGAUCUCUUUUCCCAGAUGUCGAAAAACACGCAAGAAGUUGAAGGACGCGAUAAAGUUGUACCAGAAACGAAUACUAAUGGCGAUAAAAAGGCGAGCGACUCGAAAUCUGGCAGUUUGUUCAGUAAUUUGGCAAAUAGGAUCGAAGAACCAAUAUCCAGUGAGGUAUUCAGCAGUUCACAGGCUGCGAACAUAGAAGAUUUCACAUCGAAAUCUUCGCAAAGCAGAAAAUCAAUCGGUUCGAUCGGUUUGGACGACGAAAAUCCCGUGGAAAAGCGAAAACGCAGAGAAAUCGAAAGACUGAAGAUGGACAUAGUAGGCGCCGAUAGCUUCUACGAAUCCCCCCGUAGGACUAGGGUUAGGAAACCUACCAAGAAAGAAGAAGAAGAGGCACUAAAGAAAGCCCAAGCCGAUAAGAAGAACGACGAAGAAAAAACUCAAAACAAACCGUUAGCGGAUAGCCAGCAGUCAGCAGUUGCGGAAAACCAAAAACCUGUACCAAACUCGCCAAAAAAACCAGUAGGAAGGCCGAAGAAAGUUGAAAAUCAAGAUGCGGUCACUAAAGAAAUUAACAAAACACCAAUUGUACCAUCCGAAGUACAAGUUGGAAGACCCAGCAAGGCGAAGAAGACAGAAAAACAAGAUGAACCGAAAGUUUCUGUUAAAGAAAUAAUCAAAAUUCCGUCUGAUGCACGCGUUGGAAAACCUUCUAAAACGAAGAAAGCAGAUAAUCAAGACGCACUGAAAGAAUCGCCUGAAGAAGUGAAUAAAGCUGUAAAAAUACCGUUAGAACUAUCUGAAGUACCUGUCGGAAAAACCCCUAAGACGAAGAAAGCUGAUAAAAAAGAUCCAUCAAAAGAUUUGGUCAAAGAAAUAAACGACACUCCAAAAAAAGCACUGGAAGAUGAAGUACGCGUUAAGAGAUCAAAGAAGAAAAAACUUGAUACAUCCGACGAAGAUAACAAGACGAACAAUCAAACUGAAGUUACAGAAGAUCAAGACCAUCCCAACUUGAACGAAACUCCAAAAAAAGCACUGGAAGGCGAAGUACGCGUUAAAAGAUCGAAGAAGAAGAAACUUGAUACAUCCGACGAAGAUAUCAAGGUGAACAAUCAAACUGAAGUUACAGAAGAUCCCAACUUGACGCCUGAGUCGCCAUCAAGAAAAAGACGACGGUCUAAAUCUAAUAAAACCGCUCUCGAAGAAAAUCAAAAUACAGUAAUCGAAGUUAAACCGAAAUCGCCGGAAAAGGAUAGAAACAAACUCGCAGACAAGAAAACCGUUCCCGACGACCAAACGCCAAAUAACGAAAUCACCGACAAAAAACCGACGAACGUUAACAACAUAAACAUAAAGAUAAAGUUCGACAACAAAACCAGAUCCGCCAAAAUAAUCGAUCAGCUGGACAACUCGAUCGGCAACAAAAAGAAAAUAAAACGAAGAAAAACGCAAGACGAAAUCGAAAAAACGAUGGAAACCGAAGCGCCGAAAGAAUUGCCUCUGGAAACUCCUAAACACCCCAAUAUGGGUAUAGGACAGAAGAAUUUACAAACGCUGUUGGACGCAGACUCCACCGUUCUGCAAACUCAAGACUCUACCAUUUUGCAAACUCAAGACUCUACCAUUUUGCAAACGCAAGACUUUACGGAAAUUGAAGAAGAAAAGCGCAAAAAAUCCGAAGAACAAAGCGAAGAUGUAAUAGAAAGUUCGCAGGAAUCCUUCGUCGAGAUUAUACCGCUAUUAAACUCGUCUAAGAAACGUUCUUCACGAAUCGAAGAAACUGUAGAGGAAACCAAACUCGAAGACGAUACAGCAUUGAUUCGAGACUACUUGGAGCAACUGUCUGACAAAAUCGAGCUAAUAAACGACGAAAUUGAGUUGGAGAAGAAGCUGGACGUAUGUCACAGCCAAGACUCGACUCUGACGCAAGAUAAUUCCGCAGGCACCGAAGAAACGUUAUCCACGAUAUCUACGAUAGAGACUUUUACCCAACCUUCGAAUGUCGAUAUUAAAGAACUGUCUAUUAAAUCUCCGGAUCCUCCCAAAAGACCGCAAUUAACCGAAUCCGAACUGAUAAUGUGCCAGAUGGACACCAUGUCGAUUUGUCGUCCUAAAGACAGCGUGGAAAGCGAAGGAAAUGGAUUGGAUAAGGAAUCAGAACCAGUGGUUACGUUGAAUUCCAUCGAAGACAUCCUAGCGACGACUACUAGUACUGAUACGGCACCAAGUACGCCAUUGAGGACCUCAAGUAUUCCUUCUUCGCCGAUUACGGUCGACACUCCCAAUAGAACCUCCGAAUUAUUGAACAACACAGUAGACAUCUCGCCGAUAUCUUCCCGGAGCGAUUCCGACGUAGACGUGGUUGUACCGCUAGCUAAACCCAUUCACAUCGAUUUCGGGAAACUGGAGCCGGUCGUAGAUUCAUCCAGCGAAGAAAAUUGCGUGCAAAUCGAUUUCGAACAGUUGGCGCAGAUGGGCGUAGUCGAGCCGAUGGAGGAGAUACAAGAACUCGUCGCUAAAGUGCAGGAGUUCGUUAACGACGAUGACGAUAAAGACGAUUCUUUCGAAGAUGCUUGCGUUGCCGGCGAAGCGGAAGGCGUCACCGUUGAGUCUUCGGGAGACUUCCAUUUCGAUUUUCCGGAACCGGCAUGUCAGAACGAUGAAAAUCUAAUGCAGAACGGGCAUUUACCCUUGUCGCUUAGUAACUCUUCGUUUCGCGGCUUCAAAGAUUCCUCGACGAUACAGGAAAGAUCGUCCAAGCUUAAAAAUCUUAUACAUUCGAUAUCGAAUAAGCCGUUUAUUAAAAGGAAAGCCGGUAAUACUUCCUCACCAUCGGCUAUGCGAAUCAAAAAAUUGUUCGUGAAUUUGGGCGCGAAACAACUGGAUCAUCAAAAUGCUAUGGAGAAUUUCAACGAAAAUGACAUUUUGACGUUUUCGAGAGAGAUUCCCAGUCCGUUGGCGGUUCCCGCCAGUUCCAUACUCAAGAGAAAAUUGUCGGACAGUAGUGAUGGCGAGGGAAUAUCGCCGUGCGCCAAGAGAAAACGCGUCAACUUCAGCGAUCCCUGUCUAACUUCGAAGAAGAUCUUCAUCAAAGACGAUUACCAGCCCAGCCUCGAAGCUAAACGUCUUUUCGAUAGCACUCCUGAAAGGAAGUCCACCGAUGAUCAUCUCAAGGACAUUUUCGACUAUCCCGAAGAGUCUCCUUGCUCGGAAUCAUCGACAGAACACGAUUCAGAGCUACCCGAAACGGAACCCAGCUUGGCCGUCGUAAAUCCCAUGAUUUUGCACAAAAAUAAACCCAUUUUCCCGAAACUCGUUGAUUGUAAAGACGACGUUUUGAUCAUAGUGAAGAGAAUCACCAGUCCCAUGUUCGUACCGGCGUUGAUGAACAAAUUAAAGGGAAGAAAUAUCAAAACUAUCGGCGAAUUGGCCAAAUUGAGCGAAGCCGAAGUCAACCGGUUUCCUUUCAAAGUACCGGUAAUCGCGAACGUUUUCAAAGCUUUGGAAAACUACCACAGGAAAAAAGGAGGAAGCGAUUCUUCAAAAUUGGAAUUGGAGCAUUGCAGGGACGAUGAUAAACGAAACGGCGACGUAGAAAUGCCGAAAUUGGACGUUAAAUUGGAGCUUAAGAUGUUGAUAAAGAGAGCACUUCGUGAGAAAGUCCCUACAGAUGACCUGGCAAAAAUUCUACUGCCCCACGUGGACAAAGCGAAACUCUACCCCUUGAUCAAAUCGCAAUGCCCGUCGGUAGCGCUGGACACGCUGGAAGAGAAGGACUACACGUCCAUCUUAAAAAUCAUCAUCGACUCGAAAGGCAUUUCCGAGAUUCUAAAAAGAGUCCACGUCAAUUUCCACAAAGCCGAAAAAGAACACGACUUCUACCAAGCCAUCGCGGACUACGUCAAAUACACCGUCCCUCUAGAAAAAUUCUUCAAAGGCCGCAGCAUCGAAGACCUGGAAGUCGGCAUCGAGGAAAGCAUCAAAAACAAAGUCUUCCAGAAAGGAGAGAUCAUCGAAAAUUGCUUGCUGCCUCUGAUAGAAACCCCAGAAGACAUUUCCCCCUAUCUAAACAAUCUCACCACCUUAGAUUUAGGUAAAAUAGUCCUCAAGAAGGCCAAACAAGAGGAUCCACAAGUCUUCUUUCAACGCGUCAUCCAAUCGUACAGCUCGAACGAAGCGAAAGCGAUCUCCGAGUCGUUGUGGUGCCAACAGACCACCACGCCUCUCGAAUUGGUCGGUUGUUUCGAAAAGAAACUGGACCAACAAUCGGAGCAAGAUAGAACUGAGAGUAUGGUAGAGAUGUUCAAGUUUAUAAGCGAGAAAUUGGAUCAGAAAACGUUGCUGGAUAUGCACAUUGUCUUCCUGAGCAGGAUAUCCGGCGCGAUGGACAAAUAGAUUUUAAGUUUUUCGAGAAAAUAGUGGUGCUAAUUCGUCGCAUAAAAAUGGUUGGAUGAUGUUUUUAAUUCUGGAAGCUCAGAAAUUUAUUAUAGAGAAAUUGAUUUUUUAAUUGCAGAAUAUUACUAUUUAUUUUAAGGAGGUUUUGAAAAUUAAAAUAUUAAAGACGGUUUCUGAGCUGUUUUUUGAUUGGAUUUAAAUCCGGCAAUCGUAGGAACUUUUUUAAUUUAUUAUUUGUUCAAAUUGUGGAAUUUCAGUUUCUAUCGCUUUUUAAUAUCUUGUUUAGCCUCUCUUGAGAUUAAUAGUUUUUUUUUUAAUUUCGUUUGUUUUGUUCUUGCUCUAAAAAUUAUUAAUAAGUACAUAUUACUAUUAAUUUAGCGAUAAUUUAAAAAUAGAAAUAUCAAAUAGGCUUUAUUCGGAUAUAAUAAAUAGGAAUUCGAUUGCCUUCAAAUCUGGCGAUCGCAGGGACCUUUGAUUUAUUCUUUAAACUCGAGUACAGUACAAAAUGUUUUAUAGUUUCUAACGCCUUUCAAUCUUGGGCUGAAACCUUGCUACAAGUUUACAGUUUAGUCCUUCUAUGUCGCCAUUUCUUCAAUUCUGUCAGAUUUAAAUCUGGUGGAUUUGUGGGACCUUUUAUGUUCUAGAAUGUCGUUCUCUAACUACCAUCUGGAGUAUUUUGUUAGAAUGGAUUCGAAUCUGGCAAUAUUAGAGGUUUUUAUUGUCACAUUAAAGAAUUGAUUUUUUCGAUUGGAUUUAAGUCUGGCAAUCUCGGAGGCCAGUUUCUCGAAUUCACGACAAUUUUUCUUGAAACUUGAAACUCAAAAGUUUUCUCAUUUAUUACUCUAUUAACUGAAAAAAAUAUUUCAAUAUGGUUCAAGUUUGGUGGUCUUGAACUCCAAUGAGCGCAUUUCUAACUCUUGUUUGAUACUGGUUUUUUAAAGUUUUCCUAUUUAUUAGAGCGUUAUUAAAAAAAUCAAUUAGGUUUAAAUCUGCCGAACUUGGAGGCCAUAGCCUGAGUUAAGUGCCGCAAUAGUAAAGAUUUUAAGAUCCCAAUGGGUCGAUCGAUCACGUUUUCAUAUAAAAUAGUAAAUUCUGUUAUGAAUAAUUUGAGCCAUGUGAGUCCAGGUUGGCCUCUCAGAAGCACAGGCCACAGAUUUCUAGACCCUUUGUCCGAGCCCAAAAUGUUCCUGUGUAUUUUAAAUGGAUUCGAGAAGCUGACAUGGAGUUACACCACAUUUUCUGACGAACUAUAACAUGUAAGUCAACGUCGGACUCACGCGGCCCAUAUAUAUUAUUUUUAUAGGAGAGUCCCCAUUGACUUCUCAUGGCACUUAACCUCUUAAAGUUUUUCUAUUUAUUGCAGCUUUUUUAAAAAAAAUCAAUUGGAAUUAUGUCUGGUGAACUUGGAGGCUAUCGCUCAAGUUCUAACUCUUUUGUAGGAAACUGUUGUUUUAACAGGUUAAGUGCCACAAUAGUGACCAUGGCUCGAUCACUUUUUCUUAUAAAAUAGCGAACCUGUUAUGAAUAUUAUGAACCAUGUGAGUCCGGGUUGGUCUCUCAGAAGCACAGGUUACAAAGUUCUAGACCCUCUGCUCGAGAUCAAAACGCUCAUGUAUAUUUUAAAUGGGUUCAAGAAGCCUACAUGGCGUUACACAACAUUUUCUGACGAACAAACAUGUGAGUCGUCGUCGGACUCACGCGGCCGGUAUAGAAGAGUCCCUAUUGACUUCUCAUGGCACUUGUUAAAGUUUUUCUAUUGCAGCUUUAUUAAAAAAAAAUCAAUUGGUUUAAGUCUGGUGAACUUAGAGGCUAUCGCUCGAAAUCUAACUCUUUUGUUGAAAACUGGUGUUUUAAAAUUGAAGUCCUGAUUGAAUAUUUUUAAAAUUUUGUCGGCCGCCAUAUUGGAUCCGCCAUUUUGUAUUUCUAAUUCUUAAAAUUAUUCAAAAUCAACGAUCUCUAAAACCCCUUAGAAACCCCGUAGGUUUGACUUUUAAAUAAAACAAGCAAUUUUUAAUAUUCAAAAUAAGUGACUCCAAAAACUCCUUCAAAACACCCCAGGUUUAAUUUUCAUGAAAAACAAGCAAUUGGAUUUAAGUCUGGCGAACUUGGAGGCUAUAUCUCGAGCUCUAACUCUUUUUGUUGGAAAAUGGUGUUUAAAAAAAUAUCCUAUUACAGCGUUAUAAAAAAAAUCUAUUGGAUUUAAAUCUGGUGAACUUGGAGACCAUCGCUCGAGUUCUAACUCUUUUGAUAGAUCCUGGUGUGUUAAUGUUCUCCUACAUAUGGCAGUGUUAUUUAAAAAAUCUAUGGAUUUAAAUCUGGCGAAUUUGGAGGCCAUCGCUCGAGUUUUCCCAUUUGACAGCGUUAUUUAAAAAAAAUCAAUUGGAUUUAAAUCUGGUGAACUUGGAGGCCAUCGCUCGAGUUGUAACUUUAUCAGGAACUGGUGUUUUAAAGUUUUCCUAUUUAUUAUUGCGUUAUUUAAAAAAAUCAAUUGGAUAUAAGUCUGGCGAACUUGAAGGCCAUCGCUCGAGUUCUAACUCUUUUAUUGGAAACUAGUCUUUUAAAAUUGAAGUCCUGAUCGACAAUUUUUUAAUUUUGUCGGCCGCCGUAUUGGAUCCGCCAUUUUGUAUUUCUAUUUUUGAAAAUUAUAUUCAAAAUCAACGAUCUCUAAAACCCCCUAGAAACCCUCCAGGUUUGACUUUUAGGUAAAAACGAGCUAUUUUUAAUAUUUUUAAGUGCCAUAUUGGAUCCGCCAGUUUGCAUAUCUAAUUUUUAAAAUCGUAUUCAAAAUAAGUGACCCCAAAAACUCCUUCAAAACACCGCUGGUUUAAUUUUUAUGCAAAACAAGCAAUUGGAUUUAAGUCUGGCGAACUUGGAGGCCAUGGCUCUGGUUCUAGCUCUUUUGUUGAGAAAUGGUGUUUUAAUGUUCUCCUAUUUAUUACAGCAAUAUUUAAAAAUUCUAUUGGACUUAAUCUGGCGAAUUUGGAGGCCAUCGCUCUAGUUGAAACUCUUUUGUUGGAACCUGGUGUUCAAGUUCUAAUUCUUUUGUUGAAAAUUGGCGUUUAAAAGUUCUCCUAAUAAUUACAGCGUUAUUUAAAAAAAAAACAAUUGGAUUUAAAUCUGGCGAACUAGGAGGCCAUCGCUCUAGUUGUAGCUUUUGUAAAACAAUUGGAUUUAAAUCUGGCGAACUAGGAGGUCAUCGCUUUAGUUGUAACUCUUUUGUUGGAACCUAAUGUUCGAGUUCUAAUUAUUUUGUUGAAAAUUGGUGUUUAAAAGCUCUAUUAAUUACAGCGUUAUUUAAAAAGUAAUUGGAUUUAAAUCUGGCGAACUAGGAGGUCAUCGCUCUAGUUGUAACUCUUUUGUUGGAACCUGGUGUUCGAGUUCUAAUUCUUUUAUUGAAAAUUGAUGUGUAGAAAUUCACCUGUCAAUUACAGCGUAAUUUAAAAAAAAAAAAUUGGAUUUAAAUCUGGCGAACUAGGAGGCCAUCGCUCUAGUUGUAACUCUUUUGUUUUCCUAUUACAUUAUUUUUAAAAAGCAAUUGGAUUUAAGUCUGCCGAACUUGGAGGCCAUCGUUUGAAUUCUAACUCUUUUGUUGGAACCUCCUAUUUAUUAGUGUUAUUUAAAUAAAUCAAAUAGAUUUAAAUCUAGCAAAUUUGGUGGUCAUCACUCGAAUUCGAACUCCAUUGUUAGAAACUGGUAUUUUUGGGUUUUCUAUUUAUUACAGCGUUGUUAAAAAAUCAAUUGGAUGUAAGUCUGGCGAACUUGAAGGCCAUCACUCAAUUUUUAACUCUUUUAUUAGAAACUGGUUUAAGUUCUCCUACUUAUUACAGAUUAGAUUUAAAUCUGGCCAAUUUUGAGGCCAUCGUUCGAGUUUUAACUCUUGUUGAAAACUAGUUUAUAGUUUUCCUAUAAAUGACAGCAUUAUUUAAAAAAAAUCUAUUGGAUUUAAAUCUGCUGAGUUUAGAGGUCAUCGCUCGAGUUUUAACUCUUGUUAGAAACUGAUGUUUUGAAGUUUUCCUAUUUAUUAUAGCGUUAUUAAAAAAAACAAUUGGUUUUAAGUCUGGCGAACUUUGAGGCCACCGCUCGAGUAACACAGUAUCGAAACCGUUUUUUGUAUUUUAACUUUCGAAAUUAUCAAUACGAUGUUCGUUUAGAAUACCUACGUUAUUUUGAUGCAAAAUAUUUUCGUAAACCAGUACUUAUUUUUUUUUUAUGGAAUGUCUUAUUUUUAUUUUUUACUACGAUAGCGCUACGUAAGUGUUAAAUAAAAAAGUUCGUAACGCGUCAAUAUCGAUUUUAUUGGCCAAAUUUCAUUAUCCGAUUUGGUAAUUUUUAUUUUAUAAGACUAAAAAUGGAGUUAAAUAUAAUUUGUUCGUUGUUUUAUGGAUGAGAAAUAUUUUAAAAACCAUUGCCAAAUAAUUGCAGAAAAUGACUUUUGGCCAAAAUAAUUUCUUUAAACGUUAUUAAAGGACAUAGAUUAGUAAAUAUUAUUUUAUUCCUCUUAGAGUAUUUAAUUUUUUUUCUAAGAGAUACAAUGCAAACUGUUUUUUUUUGUACUUUUUAUUGUUAUUUUGUCAUUUUUACCCUGUCAUUACUACUUAUAUUAUUUGUAGGUCUGUAUUAGAAUCAUUUUUGUGCAUGUCUUAAGAACCCCUGUAUAUUACUAUAAUGUAAAAUAUUAUUUAAAAUUUAAAAAGAC